AUGUGGGCUGGCACGGGACUUGGCGGCGUCAUCAUCCCACUGCUGCUGCAGUUCCUCCUCAACCGCUACGGCUUCCGCACGACUCUCCGAAUCUGGGCGCUCGUCCUUUUCGCUGCAACAGCUCCCCUCACCCUCUUCCUCAAACCGCGUCUCCCCGUCGCCCAGACGACCAGCCACCGCUCCUUCAACCUCUCGUUCCUCAAGAACAAGACCUUCCUCAUCCUCCAACUCGGUAACAUCCUAGAAGGCUUCGGCUACUUCGUCCCCUCCAUCUACCUGCCAACCUACGCAAAAUCGCUCGGCGCAUCCAACAGCGUGUCAGCCCUGACGUUGAUCCUGAUCAACAUCGCAGCGGUCUUCGGAUGCGUGGCCAUGGGCGGGAUCGUAGACCGGUGGCACAUUUCAACCUGCAUCCUCGUCUCGACCAUCGGCUCCACGCUCUCCGUCUUCCUCCUCUGGGGCUUCUCGACGUCGCUGCCGCUGCUGCUGGUGUUUUGCGUCGUGUACGGCCUGUUCGCGGGGAGCUAUUCGACAACGUACCCCGGCGUCAUGAAGGCAGUAGACAAGAGUCACCAGGGCGUAGAUUUGACCAUGGUGUUUGCAGUCCUGGCCGCCGGACGGGGCAUUGGGAAUGUGGCGUGUGGACCGGUGAGCGAGGCGCUGAUCAGAGCCGGGGAAGUUGGGGGUGAAGGAUUGUAUGGGACUGAAUACGGUCCGCUUGUGUUGUUCACGGGCAUCAGUGCUGCUUUGGGAGGCGUGAGCUGUAUCGGGAGGAAGCUGGGCUGGUUUUGA